UUGAGACUUACUUUGCUGAAAAAAAAUUCAACAGAAAUAAAUAAAGAAACAGACGAUAGCUACUCCUUUGACAAUUUCAUGACAUUAAACGUUUUUAAUUGAAUUAUUUACAAUGCAGAAAGAAAAUAGAUUAAACGCAAAACCUCAUCCGCCAUUUCUUUUUGCAACCAAAAAAUUUGAAACCAUAGGAAUACAUCCAUCGUUGGACAAAACAGGAUUAACCAAAAAGAAAAUAACCGAUGCUGGACCUGGUACUUAUGACCCACAACCUGCAAAAUGUACCUCCAAGAACGGACACUCCUGGAAAAUCAAACUGGAGAGCGAGAACUUCUCAAAACAUCGUGGCCACAGGAAUCCUGACUUGGUUAAAGAGCGAGACUUCCAGAAAACUAUGAGAGGUCCAGGUACACAUGACAUUAACUAUGAUAUCUUUAAAAGACAAUCUAAUUCCAAGUUUAAGAAUGUUGAUUUAGGGGCUGAAAAGAGAUUUGUAGAUAAAAGUCCAAAUUUUCCUUGUGCCAAUACAUAUUUUAGGAAAUUCGAAGAUCUUGGUACUCUAUGCAAAAAACAGUUCAGUCAGACACCAACUUUUGAAUUUGAUGGAUUUUUGGACAGAUUUCGCUUAAAUUUGCCACGUCACUUAUUGCCUCCUAACAUAUAUGACUAUCAAGAUCACGACAACAAAAAUACCGCAGAUAUAGUCAAGAAAGCGGUAUCAGCAAGGGGUCCUUACGAUUUAUUUACCGGUCCCAGAGACAAUACAACAAUAAAAAGUUAUUUCUCCAUUCCAAAAAAUCCUGCGCCCGACUACUACUACCUAAAACCAAGUAAUUUGGACUUACUUCUUCAUCAUCCGUCCAAAUCUCGUACAGGAAGGUUUUUCCAAGCAAAAAGAUUCACCAAACCAAUUUUGCGUCAUAUGCUGAACGAUUUAAGUCUCUGCUACCGGAGUCCAAAAGAUCCUGGACCUGCAAGUUACAAUUUGGAGAAUUAUGGUAGUAUAACGGAAAAACCUCCUAACGUGCAUCCAUUCAAUACCUCAAAAUCUUUUGCUAGACCUCCACCGGCAUUGUGGAACAUUUUUCCUGGACCUGGAAGGUACAAUCCUAAGCCUCCAAGAUGUAUGAAGCAGAAGAGGGCCUCGUGGGUGUUUCUGUCUAAGCAAAAUAGACAGUAUUAUACAGUGGUCAAGUAUUCUGCUUUUUGAGCAUCAAUCAUAUAUUAUACAUAAAUAUUAAAAAUAAAACAAAU